AUGACAUCAACAAACGUAUACGAAAAACAUUAUCUUACAAAGUCUCGUACAAAAAACGAUGAUAAUGUAUAUGUGUUGAUAUUAUUUAAAUGUGACAAUACGUUUAUUAUUAAAAAAAAAUCAAAUCUUCAUGGUAUUGCAGAAAAUGGCCUAGUGACGAUCAAAGAUCGAAAUAAAAGUUACGUUGGUUAUUGUUUAUUUGAAGGAUCAUUGGCAGAAGUAGAAGCUGCAGCUAAACGUUUAGAUAAAGAAAUGAAUACUGAUUUAGAAUCAGACUGUGAAAGUAUUAUGAACAAUCAUAAAUUAAACAAACAACAAGGAUUGGGUCAAUCUUCAAUAUUAAAAACGCCAAACAAUUCAAGUAUUGAAAUUGAUCGUUCAGCAACAAUGAAAAAUAAUAAGGUUCAGAAAAAAAUAGAUAGUGAUUCAAUAGAUUCAACAAAACGAUCUUUAGCUAUGACGUCUUUUGAUAAUGCAUCAAAAAUUUAUGAAACACCACCAAUUUUAGAUAAGACUAUUCAGAAAAAAAAAGUACCGGAAGCAUCAUGUAAACAAGAUGUUGCUCCUGCUUAUCAAGUCCUACGUGAUAUUCAAUAUGUAACUAGAGAUGAAGAAAAUCGAGAAAGUGAAGAAACAUUAUCAUCGUAUGGCGAUGCUGAUGAUUUUGAAACCGAUGAUGAUGACGACUCAACAGAAGCAAUAAUUGGUAAGACAAAGUCAUUAACAUCAGCAGCACGAUUGAAAUCAACAUCAGUUAAUAAAGUUAAAUCACAGCAAUCCAAACAAUCUUCAUCAUAUGCUUUAAAAACAACUUCGAAACGGUUGUGCAAUAAACAACUUUUUCCUUCAGCCAGUGAUGGUAAUCAAGAAAUAGUGAUUAAUGUAGCACUAUUGGGUGGUGAUUUCGAUACAGAAAAUCAACCACAGAGUGAUGUACCAUUUCAACAGUCGCUAGAAGAUGGUACAACUAUCGAUUUAUUACAAUUAUACGGCGUUCGAACACAGAUAGGACGUUUCGUCGCUCUGGUGAUGGAUAAUGUUUUUACAAAACAUGAACUAUGCACCAUUACAACAAGUCAAUUAAUAAAAGAUGAACGUUACAACACUAUCAAGGAAACUGUAAGAUCAAGGUUCAAACUAAAUGCGGAAGAAAUGAAUAUUGAAUGGCCAACGAUUCAUGAAAGUAUACUUCAAAAACGACGCAACGAAAGUAAAAAGAAAAACGGUAAUACCAGUGCCGUCAACAACAAUCAAUUACCACCACAAUAA